CCGGAAGUGCUUGUUAGUGUGCGGUAGCUAUAUUCGCAGUUGCACAGUUUAUGUGUGUGUGAUAAUUUGCUUUUUUAGCCGCAGAUGUUCGUCAAAAACACAGUUUAUUAUGAGCCAGGUUCGUUUCGUUUGGGGUUCCGACCUGCCGUUGUCGUGAAGAGACAGCAGCUGUCUGCCGACAGAAGCAGAAAUAUGAGCCGGUUAAAAGCUUGGAGUCAAACUGGGGCGUUUGAAAUGUAGCGUUAGCUCGUCAGCUAGCCGCGUCGCCUACACUCGAGCGCUGCUCGCGGAUGUUUACGUGAAGCUUCAUCGCCGCGCUUCAUUACACACAGGACGCAGCCCCAGCGGCUGUUUGGUGGCCGUAACCUUUGAUUAGCACCCACACUGCCGGGGCGAACCCCCGGAGUCUGAGCAGAAAUAAUGGCCGGGAAUCCGAGGAGGGGCGCCGGUCUGAUCGGCUUGAUGAAGGACGCGUUCCAGCCGCACCAGCCGCCGCUGCAGCCGCACCAGCCCGCCGUGGUGGACAAGAAAAUGGUGGAGAAAUGCUGGAAGCUCAUGGACAAGGUGGUGCGUUUGUGCCAGAAUCCCAAGGUGGCAUUGAAGAACAGCCCACCUUACAUCCUGGACCUGCUGCCAGACACCUACCAGCACCUGCGCACCAUCCUGUCACGAUACGAGGGCAAAAUGGAUGUCCUUGGGGAGAAUGAGUAUUUUCGUGUGGUCAUGGAGAACCUGACCAAUAAGACUAAGCAGACCAUGAGUAUUUUUAAGGAGGCCAAGGAGAGGAUGUAUGAGGAGAACUCCCAGCCCAGGAGAAACCUAACCAAGCUGUCUCUGAUCUUCAGCCACAUGCUAGCAGAGUUGAAAGCCAUCUUCCCCAAUGGCUUGUUUCAGGGUGACAACUUCAGGAUUACCAAAGCUGAUGCUGCUGAAUUUUGGAGAAGGUCAUUUGGAGACAAGACUAUAGUACCAUGGAGGACAUUUCGUCAGGCUCUCCAUGAGUUUCACCCCAUCAGCUCAGGCUUGGAGGCGAUGGCUCUCAAGUCAACCAUUGACCUCAACUGCAAUGACUAUAUCUCUGUUUUUGAGUUUGACAUCUUCACUCGACUUUUCCAGCCAUGGUCUUCUCUUUUAAGGAACUGGAACAGUUUAGCAGUCACACACCCUGGCUACAUGGCCUUCCUAACCUAUGAUGAAGUUAAGGCUAGACUGCAGAGGUUCAUCCACAAGCCUGGCAGCUACAUAUUCAGGUUGAGCUGCACUCGUCUCGGUCAGUGGGCUAUCGGCUAUGUGACAGCCGACGGGAACAUUCUGCAGACCAUCCCCCACAACAAACCACUCUUCCAAGCCCUCAUUGAUGGAUACAGAGAGGGAUUCUAUUUGUUCCCAGAUGGUCGUGCACAGAAUCCUGACCUGACAGGCCUGUGUGAACCGUCUCCACAGGACCACAUCAAAGUUACUCAGGAGCAGUAUGAGCUGUACUGUGAGAUGGGCUCCACUUUUCAGCUUUGCAAGAUCUGUGCAGAGAACGACAAGGAUGUGAAGAUAGAACCCUGCAGACACCUGAUGUGCACUUCCUGUCUAACAGCCUGGCAGGAGUCUGAAGGCCAGGGAUGCCCAUUUUGCCGCUGUGAGAUAAAAGGCACAGAGCCCAUCGUUGUGGACCCCUUUCACCCUAAAGCCUCUGGGGCCUCCUUUGCUGGGUUCCAGGGACCGAGCAGAUCAGAUCCUACUGCCAUUGAAGAUGAUGAUGACGAUCGCUUGGAGGAUCAACAGCUGGUUAUGAGCAGGCUGGCCUGCACCAAGGUAGAACGUUCACCAUCUCCAGUGUCUCAGCUACCUCCAGUGCCUCCCCGGCUGGACUUCCUACAGUCGAGAUCCUCCACCUCGCUUGGAGCACAGAGCCAAGGUGCCACAGCCAAAGUCACAGCCACUCACAGAGACAAGCCUCUACCAUUGCCUCCAGCCCUGAGGGAACUGCCCCCUCCUCCCCCUCCAGACCGCCCAUCCCUGGUCAGCCAGGAGCCCCGGCUCCAGAGGAGACCCUUGCCCUCCACUCCUGACCAGACUGGCUGGGCUUCGAAUUACAUGGUUCCACGGCCGGCGAUGAAGGCUUCAUCACUUCUGCCCCCUGUACCUCAGAAUAACGGAACCCUUCCAGAGGGAAGCAGGCCGCAUGUGGCUACCAAUGCGGUCUACUGCCUGGCUGCAAGACCUCUUCCUGCGUCAAUGGUGGUGAACAGAGAGAAGAUAUGCACUGACUGUGAAGAGAAUGAAUACAUGAGUCCUACGUCCCUGCCAGCCUCUGGAGCCCCCUGGGUUAUAACGGGGUCAUUGGUGCCCCCACCACCAGCCCAGGCAAACCCCCAGCGUAACUUCGGUGCUGAUGUGGAGGAUGAUGACCUUGAGGACCCCCAGGUGUACGAGUCCAUGUGCAUUAUCAAGUCCCAAGUUGCUCCUGCAGAGAUGGCACAGGGAUCUGACUUUGACCCUCCUCCACAUCCAGCCUUGGGUCCUCAGGACAUGUUAGAGGAGGAUAAGGUAGAGGAUGCUAAUGAGUAUGACUGUCCCAAACCAUGUCCCCCUCUGGCGCUCAACAGAACUCUUUCAGAUGUCAGCAACACCUCGGCAGCUUUGGGGAAUCUCAGCACGGUUGACAAGAUUGAAGCCUGUGUGUUUGCAGCAGGAGGUGACCCUGAUUGUCCCCCCAAACCUCUACCACGGCGAGCAAACUGUGACCGACGACCACAGCCUUUAAAUCGUGACGCUUCUUUACCUUUGCCAGAUCUCCCGAGUGCCUCCUCCGUCUCCUCCUCCUCCCCCCCGCCUGGGAGCGUGGCCCUAAACGGGGAGAUUGAAUGUCUGAUGUCACAAGGCUACUCCUUACAGGACAUUCAGAAAGCCCUGAUGAUCGCACAGAACAACAUGGAAACGGCCAAGAACAUCCUGCGUGAGUUUGUCUCUGUCCCCUCCACGGCGCAUAUCGCCACAUAGGUCCAUAGUUCCCGUGUGCCCCCCCCCCCCCCACUCCAUUCUGUGCCGUUAUCACAUGUAACAUUUCUCAGACACGUUCCUGUCGGCUCCCAAGUCACAGGCUUUACUCGGCGUCCCCCUAACGAAUGCAUGGAACAGAAGUUUAACUUCUCGACAUCAUCAGCGGACGCUGCACGGCGCCGUGGACACGAUCCAACAGGCCCUGCUUGAUCCAUGAGUGGAUUUGGGUCUUAGAGUGGACACAGUUCUUCAUGCCAAGUCGGUCUUUUUAUUGUUAGUUUUUUUCAGACCUCUGGUCUGGUUCGAUGAAGGAGCGUUCCUCUUGGUCUUCUACGCCCGCUCAGUAGUGUCGUCGUUGGCGGCUUGUGUCUGACUGGGGCCGUCGUUCCUUCUCACGGGGUGGGGGCUCUGGAUGUGGUGGCUCUGUGCGUCCGUGAUUUAACGUUGUGUGACGGCAUUGUGUUGUGCACGUGGCUGUCGUGUUCACUGAUGCUUCUGUUGUAAAUGCGUUUAAUGUGGACGUUCUCUCGCCGCCUGGUCUCUGUAACUCUAAUGACAUCUGAAAUCACAGCUGUGAACUUCGCCACCUGAACCCAUUUGGUAUCUCGACACACGAGGACAGUUUUAGUGAAUAAUGAAUUUUCAGAACAUUGGUGAUUGUGAUGUUGUCAUUCAUCAGACAUUUUAACAUUUUGAUGACUUCUGUAUUUAUAGCUUUGCGCGAUUGCUGUGGAACAGAGACGACUAUGACUCGCAAAUGACGUAUGACUCAUUAAAUCAAAGAAUGGUCAGAGCCCAAGAACUCCUGCUGUGGGACUUGAAUCUGGUCUUGGUCUCAACUUGUUCUUGUGCACAUCUCAGUCCCAAAGUUUGGUCUUCAGCCUCCAUUCAGAUUGGGGCUGUUGAUCGAUUGUGUAGCGCUGACUGUUUGAUUUAUCACAGGAGCGCCCCCUGCUGUCUUAGGAAGUAGCAGCAUUACAUUGAUUACGUUCACCUCCACUUUGUGCAUCGCUCAUACAUCCCGUGUUCAUGUUAAAGCACCGUAACUUGUUACAGAACGUAUCGCUCUGCUCCGUGCCGUGAUGUCAUUGUAUUCACUAAAGGAGCUGCAGCCGCGGAAACGUACUGAGAAAAGGAAAAAAAAAAAAAAAAAAACCUGACUCUGCACAUCAGCUCAGGACUGACACGGCUUAAAGCUCUUUUCAGUGUGCUUUGACAUCAAAUACAGAAAUGUAAUUUUUUUUUCAAUGUCUUGAAUUAAUAAAUGUCUGUACGUAAAACUGAUCUGAGAGGGAGAACACAAAAAGUACUGUUUAAUUUUAAACUAAUUUUGUAAACUGACUGUAACCAUGUAAAAGUCUUAUGUUGAUGACAUUAGCAAGGAUUUUUUUUUUCCUGAUUAUGAAUUCAUCA